UAAAUAGCUAAUAUGUAUGGAAAUGAUGCAGAACUUGGUAUUUUACCAUAAAAGUGCGUAACGAGAGAUGGACGCACAGAUAAACGACCUUCAGACCCGCAGAGCCGUAAAACUCAAGAGUUUGCUGCAAUUCCUUCAGCGGCAAACAGUAGCAGAAAAGGAUAUUUUUAAACAAGCUCUGCUGUAGCUGAACUUGACAUGGCAACCAGCAACCCCUCAGAACGGAAUGACUGGAGUGUUUCACAGCUAAAAGUUGUUCUUCUUGGAGGCAGAAACUCUGGAAAAAGUUGUGUGGGGAAUUUAAUUCUGGGCAAAGAGGAGUUUGUGACCAAAGAGCGGACGUCCUGCUCCCGGAGGCUGGGUGUGGUGGCUGGACGGUGGAUCACGGUGGUGGACACUCCCGGCUGGUGGUGCGACUUCAGUGCCGGCGACACGUCUAAACUGGUGAAGAGGGAGAUUGUCAGCAGCGUCUCUCUGUGCCCGCCGGGGCCUCAUGUUUUCCUGAUAGUCGUCAAGGCGAGUUCGGCCUUCUCUGAGAGGCGCUGCAGAGCUGUGGAGGAGCACGUGGACCUGCUGGGUGAUGGGGUGUGGGGUCACUGCUUGGUGGUCUUCACCUGUGCGGACAGGUUUCUACACAAAGGAGCAGAGGAGUGCGUGGAAAGAGGGGGAGCGGCUCUCCGCCGGCUGACUGAGAAGUGUGGUCGGAGGAGCCACAGCGUUGUUCUGAACGACCCGACUGACGGAGCGGCGCUGCUGCUGAGGAUACAGGAACUUAUGUCGGAGAACGGGAACAGAGCUUUCGAGAUGGAAGAAAGCAUCUCGCGGGCGGCGGCAGAGGAGAAGAGAGCCGUGGAGGAAAGAGCUCAUCUCAGGCUCAUCGGGAUGAAACGACACAGAGCUCUGCUGAGAGACAGGUUGAGACCCAUCACUAACAUCCGGAUUGUGCUGCUGGGAGCGAAAGGUUCUGGGAAGACCUCAGCGCUGAACACCAUCCUGAGCAGAGAGUGCCGCCGGCGGGUCGGCAGAACGGCUCAGUGCCAGGUUGGAGAAGUCGUGAAGUUUGGGAGGCAGCUGACGGUGGUGGACACUCCGGGCUGGUGGAUGAACUAUUUCAGUGAUGAGAGCUCCCACUUCGACCAGAGGGAAAUCGUGCUCGGCCCGUCUCUCUGCCCUCCGGGGCCUCAUGUCUUUCUACUGACCAUCCGAGUGGACCGGGCCUUCACAGAGACUCACAGGAGGUCGGUGCAGGAGCACGUGGAGCUCAUCAGCGAGCGCAUCUGGAGUCGCGUCAUCCUGCUGUUCACGUUUGGAGACUGGCUGGGAGCGACCACGACGGAGCAGUACAUCGAGAGCGAGGGGCAGCCUCUGCAGUGGCUGGUGGACCGCUGCAGCAACAGGUAUCACGUGCUGAACAGCAGAACCAAAGGAGAAGGGUUUCAGGUCCGAGAACUGAUCGGGAAGAUUGAAGAAACCAUGAGCGGCGGCAGCAGCAGCUGGCAUUAUGAGAUUGAGAUGAAAGUGCUGCAGGAGGUGGAGAGGAGAAUGAGAAGAGAAGCAGAGAGUGUCCGGAAACGGACGCUGAAGAAGGAGCAGCAAAGACGCAGAGCGAGAGCACGACUCGAGGAGCUGGAGCCUCUCCUGGAGCUCAGAUUAAUACUUGUUGGGGGCAGAAAAGUGGGAAAAAGCUCCUGCGGAAACACCAUUCUCACUACGGACAGUUUUGGCACAAACUCCCGAACUACUUCCUGCACCGAGAAGCAAGGCGACAUCGCUGGCAAGAGAGUGUCGGUGCUGGACACGCCAGGCUGCUUCCCUUUGACCUCCGACCUCCUGACAGCCUCCUGUGCCGUCCUCCUGGUCGUCAACAUCAGCUCCUCCUUCACAGAUCUCCACCGGGAGGCCCUGGAGAAACAGCUGGAGGACGGAGGAUGCUGGAGGAAAACGAUGGUAGUGUUCAGUCAUGGCGACUGGCUGGGAGACACGAGCGCAGAGCAGCGGAUCGAGGGCGAGGGAGGGCCGCUGCAGGGACUCGUGGAGCGCUGUGGAAACAGAUAUCACGUUUUGGACAAUAAGAACAAGGGGGACGGAGCUCAGGUUAGAGAGCUGCUUGAACAGGUGGAGGAGAUGCUGGUGGAGGAAAGGCUGCAUGAGCUCCACAGAGGGGACCACAUGUGGAGAGGCGUCUCAGCACAACAGCAGGACGGGAGAGCGUGUGACGAGGAUUUAAGGGAGGAUCUCAGCAGUCCACCGUCUCAUGACUCUCGUGAAGCGGCAGCGGCACAAACCGCUCUGGUGUCAGCUCUACCAGCAGGAGGAGCCAGACGACUGACUUUUGUGGACACAGACGCCCUCAUGUCCUACAUGGCUGCAGUGUUCUAUGGGAGACAGAGCGGUCAUGGACUGAGACACUCGUUGGCUCCUCACAGACAGCUCCGACUCGCCAAUGAAAACCACCUAGUUGUCUUCUCCUGUCAGGCUCAGCAGAGGAGGUCCUCGGAGGAGGACGCCGUCAGCGUUCGCACCCUCUGCCAUCCCUUGCUGAGGGGCCGCGCCCUCCAGAGGCUCUCGGAGUCUGGAAACCUGCAGGCUUUGAUCGACCAGUGGGGCUGCAGCAGCCUGAAGGAGCUGGAGGAUUUCAUCGACUCGUAUUUUGAGAUGGUCUGGGAACAAACCAUGGAGUCCCUUCACUCGUCCGAACCAGAAAAUCUGAGCACAGAGAUGGACGCGGCUGUCGGGGAGUGCGGACAGGAAGAGCUGCUCUUAUCCAUCGACAGGAAACUUUCAAAGCUGGACAUCCUGGAGGAGAUCAGGAAUGAUGUGGCAGAGCUGAGGCAGAAUCUGGAGAGCAGCUGGAGAGCCAUACAACAACUCAGAGAAAAACACGAGAAGGAUUCUGAUAAAGAAAGCUGAAACAAAGAGCUUUAAUCAGGAAAAAGUAUUGUGUUAUGUCCCCUCAUGUGUCAUUUAUUUGAUUAUUUAAAUAGUUUAAUUUCAGAGGAAAAACAUGUUUUACUGUAUUUGUCCACAAGAGGGAGCUGUUGUCUAAGAGCAGAUGUGUGGAUUUCUCAGGUCUGUCUAAAAUCAAAGAAAUCUUGUGACAGAAUCGCUUUGCUGUGGGAUAGAAAUUGGUUUUGUAAUUAAAAUAACACUUUUAUUCCAAGGUAAAAUAUUAGCAAUAGUUAUGAUACUUUUUUAGUAUUACAAACAAUACAUUUAUAAUAAUAAAAAGUAUUUUGGAUAAAUUAAAUGAUGUAUUAUUUUAAUAUUUGUCAGCGUGUGCUAAGAAAUGAGGAAAAGUAAAUGAAAAUUUUACAUAAAUACAUAAUUUACUAACACAUCUGUACAUAGUCUGUUAAAAUAAUAAAGAAACAUAAAUUAUAAAACACAUAAAACCUGAUAAAAAAUAAUAACACAAACAAGGAAUUAACUUAUUAAACAAUAAAAUAAAAAAAAUACUAUGUUUUUGUUUGUUAAAGAACUAAAAAAAGGAAUGCUGAACUUGACAAAAAAUUGAUAUAACUAAAUAACUAAAUAAAAAUAACAUGGGUCCCAGUAUUGAUCCCUGAGGAACACCAAAAUUGAGUGAUGCUCUCAAGUUCAAACAUUUUUCUCUCUUUGCUGCAUCAUCACCUGGUUUAAUAAGCUAAACAUUUAUAUAAGAAAUAAAACAGCGUCUUAAUCCUUUGAGUACAUACAAGGGGAAAAAAAUCAGAUAAAACACAUCAAACAAAAAAAAAAUUGUUAGCAUAAACGAUAAUUUCUAACCAUCUAGUGAAGCCCGCCUCCUCAUAUAUCCAUGACAAGAAUUGCCGCCACUGGACCAAAGAAGUAAGAAGUGUUAGCUCUUUUUCUUUUUACUUAAACACAUAGACUAAACGUUAUUGGUUAUGAAAAGAACAGAAGUGAAGUGCGAGUCCAUUCAACAAAUGACGCGUUCGCAU